AUUUCUCCAUCUCCAACGUUCCUCUUUGCAUCCUCUUUCCUUUCUCUCCUCUUGUAAAUCACCUUCCCUAAUGCCUACGGGCUAACGUUCAUCUCGCAGAAGUGGGGGAUUCCAUUCAUGUCCGGAAGGAACGCCCCUCGCUCGAAGAAUGGCUGCAGUACGUGCCGCCGUCGCAAAGUCAAGUGCGAUGAGGAGCGCCCGGUGUGUAAACGCUGCCUCAACCUGCGCCUCAGCUGCGAGUGGGGAGUUCCCGUGAAACGAAGGGAAUCCCGCGUUCGCAGUCUGCAGCCGGCGCAGCCCCGGCACUCGUACAACAUCAACAUCAACCACAACUACGGCAAUAUUGCGGCCUUCUGGAAUGCCCCAGCAGUGGUCAGUGAUUUGGUUCCAGCCCAGCAGGAUGUCUUCCUCCCUCCGGUCUCCCCGUUCGAUCCGAAUCCGCUCUAUCCGACGCUUUCCGGUUCGGAAGUGCCCUGCGCCAACUCGCUCAUUUUGACGGAACACGAUCUGAAAUACUUCCAAUAUUUUCCCUCUUCGUCGGUGGUGUUUUAUUAUAUGAAAUCAUGGCAAUGGAGCAGUUUUUGCUAUCUGUAUCAGGGGCCGGCGGCGACCAGCAAGGUGAUUAUGCGUAUGAUCCUGGCGCUGUCGGCCAGCGAUAUGCAUCGGAAUGGGCUGGUGGUACGGUCACCAGGCCGUCCUACCGCGGAGGACCAUGCCCGGUAUCACUAUAGUCUGGCUGUGAAGGAGUUUCGCCAAUUACUCGAGACGCCGAGAGAGGUUUCGCACAUGGAAUUGGAGAUGAUUUUCGCCACGAUGUUUUUGAUGGUUACAUAUGAGUGGCAGUUUGGACACUUUGUGCGACAUCUUCAGCUGCAUCUGCAAGGAGUGCGAUCGCUCCUCGAGUCGCAUCCGCAGUUAUUCCAGCUCAAGGACAUCAAUGGCAUGUUCUUGGAUAUGAGUGUCGGCCAGGCCGAUGAGGCCAUGUCCAAGGUGUCUUUUAUUCCCGAGCAACUGCUGCUCUGGAUUCUGUAUGUGGAUGUUAGCUGCCGGCCCAUCGGGCUGACUGAAUCACUGUACGAUUAUGUGCUCAACUCGGGCAAUCCUGCCCUCCACCCCGAUUAUCUUCAUAAAUGCGCUCGUCUCUGGGGCCGAUGCUUCUGGGGCAGUCAAUACCCAGAUCAGGAAGUAUUGGAUGACGUUGAAAACCAUCGGGGAUUGGAAUUGCUACAUGAGGGUAUGGGGUUGCGGUACAAGACGUGGCAACUCGUCGUCGAUCCGACUGCGUCGAGUUAUACCACUGAGUCUUUGUUCACUGAAAUGAUGGGCAUUCGUGAUAAAUACUCGGAUCUAUUCAUCACGGCUAGAUUCGCUGGAGGAUCCUCGGCGCGACGCACGCUGAACACGAUCUACUUUGCCGUCAGCACAUUCUAUGCACAAUUUUUAUUCCAUCGUCGACUGCUCUGCAGCGGUCCUCCUACCAUUCUCCACCGGCAGACAGUGACCAGUAUCCUCGAGAUCACACGCAAACAAUACGCCGCGGAUCCGAAACUCUUACGACGGCUACAUUGGCCACUUUUGAUGGCAGUGAUAGAGACAGAUAACGAUAGUGAUCGGGUUUGGCUACGACAACGGCUAGGCGAACUCUGCGAGUACCAUUCUGAAUACGUAUGGGCAAAUCGAGUUGCAGAAGAAGUACUUUCCCAGCAGGAUGUGAGCCAGGGGCAAUAUGCGAAUCUGGCAGAACUACUGCGCAAUCACCAUGUAAACAGUUUGUAGUAUAAAAUAUAUCAAAUAAUAAUAAGACUAGACAUUCUCGAGAAAAUACGCAUCGUACGCCACCUCCCCUUUAGCUCUGGUAGCCCGUCCAACAAUCACCCGAUUGUUCAUCCAGCGAUACUUUUCAUGGCCAGUUUCAAUCUUGAUGUGCAAAUGGAACCAGUAGGAGUUGGGAUCGACGCCGUCUCCUUCCAUCAACGCCUUCAACACUUCCGGCGGACCAGAUCGCGUUCCCUCAGUUCGGAUAUACAAAUACGCCCCGUCGUCACUCUUAAUAACAUAAUUCGUAUUCACAUGCGUUGUCUGGUCGUCCUCGACGAGCAUAAAAUCCGCACCACCCGGAACAACCUCCCCAUUGAU